AUGAACGGUGUAACACAGCCUUUUAACACUUUACAACAAUCUACAUACUCGCGCAUCAUGAUAGAUUCAAUCUCUGCGAUAGCAAUUGUGACCUGCGCUUGUGUCUAUAUCGCGCAGACAGGCUAUAUACCCGUGGCUGCGUUUGCGGGGUUGACCCUGUUCAUUGUGAUGUGUCGUAUAUUAUCCCAGAAAGGAGGCGAGCAUAAUACAUCACUACUGUCCACUAUAAUUGCCGGUUUUAUAAGCGAAGUAAUCGAACAGAUUGCCAACGAACCUCGCACAGCCUCGGCUGUCCGCAAUUUGGUCUCUAAUCAGGCCCUUGUGUCGGCACUCAUUGAGGGAUUAGCAAAGAACAUGACUGAUGAGAGGCGGCAAGCUCUGAUUGACGAGAUUAAACUUUCUUUUCCUCAGACUAUGAAG